AUCUCACCCCCCCACACACACUUGGUAGAGUCCGGGACGGAGCAUCAUGGCGAUAGACGGAGGGGGGAGAAACUGUGGUGUUCAUGAGCUCAUCUGUGCCAGACGAGCAACAAACUGUCAGUGGAGAGUCCUGAUGAUCUGUCACAUCUCAGUGGCUACAAGAAGAACCAGCCAGGUACUCAGUACUUACAGAUUUACUACACUGGCAGCAUUUACACACAUUUAGGAUGACUAUUGCAUUUGUCGUGGUUUUACAUUAAUCAUAUUGUGUGAAAUUCAUCUUAUUUGCUCAUCCUUACACACCUGUGCCACGUGGAACAAGAUGAAAUCCAAGACAAUAACAGCUUGCUCUGCUCAUGCACUCUUAAACUCAUAUAUUGGUGUAUAUAUUCAAACAAGCCUUGCUAGAAUUCCAUUGCACAGUAAUGACACAAAAGAAAGGUCUUUAUGACCUACAGCGCCCUCCAUAAUUAUUGACACACCUGAUGAAGAUGUGUUCUUUAGCUUCUAAUAAAUUCCUUUUUUUUCUAAAUAAUAUAGGACCACAAUGAAAAAAGAGCAAAUCCAACCUUUAAUUAAAGUGAAUUUAUUCAGUGGGGGAAAAAAAUCACACAUUAAGAAGUAAUUAUUUUACAUCAAAUCAUGUGUGCCACAAUUAUGAGCAACCCUGAUGCUAAUACUUUGUACAACCCCCUUUUGCCAACAAAACAGCACCUAAUCUUGUCCUAUAAUACAUUUUUGUACAAUUUUCAGUGUAAGAAUAUGCUUCUGCAAUAAAAAUUGAAUUUAUUUUAAGGCUUUCAACACAUCUUAACCAGGUGUGACAAUAAUUAUGGAGGGCGCUGUAUGUUGCAACAAGAAAAGCACUCAGAGAGCACAGUACGCCGCCAAGGCUUCUCAUUCCUUGUGUCAUUUCCGACAGAUAUGUCCCUGUAAGUCUGCAGCAGUGGAUUUGUAGUAAAAUCGCAAUCAUGGGAUCAUCAGUAGGCACAGUAGGCAGCUGAUGCAGUGUUCACUCAGUCAUAGUCACAGUGACGCCGUGCCGCUAUCUCGCAAUGAUACAGAAAUUUAAAAAAACUCCAAACUAUAAGCCGAAUCACUGCCAAAAUGUAAUCAAUUAGUCCUUGUGUCAUUUCUGACCUUCCCUGAAAAUUUCAUCCAAAUCCGUUAGUCCAUUUUUGACUAAUGUUGCAAACAGACAGACACACAGACAGACAGACAGACAAAUUGACACCGAUCGUCACAUAACUCCGCCGCAGUCCUUGGCGGAGUAAUAAGAUCGAUAUUAAUGCUAUAGGUCUGCUUCCUGAGUGAACCAGAUAACCACACUCUACUAUAAUUAUCAAAUGAGAGAACAGUUAUUUUGUAUAAUGGACACAGUUUACCAUUUUAUGGCAAUUAUCCUUUUAUAGUGAAUAAGAAGUUUUUUUUUAGAUAUGUAUGGGAUGUAUACACUUCAGUUGCCCCAAAGAACACUACAUCGCAUAUAUAAGACACCAUUUGUCGGUAUUAUACAAACUUAAGAGGAGUAUGGAGAGUAGGGUAUAACACUGAUUUCUUUAGAAUAACCUUAGAAGAAUUUGUGCUUAAACUGGUUUCAGGGUGGAAUCUGAUGUGUUGAUGUAUCGUGUGUUUGUAUCCUGUCUGUUUGUGUGGCUGUAUAGGACUUUUUAGCUGCAUAUUAUUUACUGUAGAAGUCAAGGUGCAUGAUUGUGUUUUUCUGAUUUCUUAAUUAUGCACAUUCUACACCUCUAAUGUGUCCUGUUUUGUUCUUAAACACAAGUUACGUUACUGCCACCGAUGACGCUAACAUUGCUGGUGUCUCAGUAGUUGACUGCAGUCUAAAUCUUGCACUAUUAUCAAUAUUACCAGCUGUUUCUUUUAAUGUCUUCAGAUCAGCUUACCAAUCAGUAAACAUUCAAACUGAUUUUUUUUGGAGUGCAGGCAUCACUGCUGAUAAAUGAAUACAUACAUGCUGUGAUUUCUUUCUAAAACCCAUAUUGUAAUGUCUGAGCAUGAGACAUGAUACAAGUGAAUUUUUUACUAUAUUCAUAUUGGUGUGUACAUACUUGUCAGCACACACUGUGAUAUUGGCUCCACACCCAGCUAACAAGCACAUGUCCGUGUCAGCGCAUGUGAUGAGCUAAUCUAGUGGUCAGCGUGGUGACAGGAUCCCCGGCUGAGAGAUGGCCUUCUUCAAGAGCUUCCAGCAGAACCUCCCAUCUGUCAACAUUUCCUCCAUCUUAGACUCAGUCACUAGUCGCGUAGAUGAUCUGGCCAACGCUGUCAGCGAUGUCACUUAUGCUGUCAGUGACCAGCUGACUGAGCAGGUUACCACAAUUAUCAACAAGGUGGAAGAUGGGGAAAACGGCAGCAGCCAGGAGCCAGGUCAGGCGUCUGCCGCAUCAGAAGGCAAGGCCGGCAAUAAAAGCAUGUGGCAAAUGCCAAGAGACUCAGAGGCAGGUAACACAAGCUCAAAAACCAACCAAAGCAGUGAUACAAUGGAGGCAGAACACACUGCGAGCCAGCUGGAGUGGGAAUGGAGGGAUGGAUGCUGGCGAGUUAAAAAGACGGAAGCUGAGUUAAUACAGGAAGAGAUGAGGAAGAAAGAGGAGAAGGAAGAACAGGAGAGGAGAGAGCAGCGGAGAAAAGAGAGACGAGAGAAGCAGCUUGAGAAAGAAGCCCAGUCUCAGAGAAACCAAGAAGAAUCCCAGGAGGGAGGGCCAGAGGAAGAAGUUCGUGUUUUAGACAAGACAGACAAUAGCAGUGGACAAGACAGAAAGGAAAGUGACAGUGGAGACCAGUCAGCUACUCAACAGAGAAGUGAGGACUGUGAUAAAACUCCUCAUUCGACUAGCAGUGAUACUGAAAGUAGGUUAUCAAAACAGCAAGAGCAAAGCGCAGAAGAGAAGGAAGAGAUGGAGGAUGGAUGCCCUGAGAGAGAGGGAGACGCUGAGAAAGACCCUGAAAUUUCUUCAUCCACAAUGAAAAAGAAAAAGUCCGACAAGAAGAAGAAGGGGAAAGCUGAAAAGGAGGGCUCGAAGAAAUCAGAAAAAGCUUCGGCUGAAGAGAAGAAAAAGGAAAAAGGCAAGAAGAAAAAACAAGGAAACCAAGAGGGAGUUUUAUCAGACAGUGAGGAGGAGGGGAGCCCCGAGGCUGUGGCCCAGCAGAACACAACGUCUGCAUGGAGCAGCAAAUGUAAGCCGUCAGCUGAGCAGGGAGGAUACAGCAGCGAGGGCUCCAGUGAACGCGCCAACAGCAUUCAGAGGAUAAAGAAAGAUUCCUCCCUCUGUGAGCUUCAGCCUCCACCGUACCAAGAUGAGAGCUCCGGGGCCCGUGUGUCGUCUCGUUCCCACUCAGACAGGGGGACCAGGAGGGGGUCCACCCCACAGCGCUGUGACAGCCCCCUCUGCUCCAGUGAGGCCAGCGUGGACCAGGACACUGAAAGCUACCUCAACAAAGCCUGUGAAGAGGACAUACCCAGUGACAGCACUGCUGUUCUUGGUCCAGAGGAUGGUUCUGGUCCUCAGCUCCCCACAGCCUAUGAGCCAGAGCCCCUUGCCAAAUAUGGCACGCUGGACGUCGCCUUUGAGUACGACUCCAGUGAGCAGUGGUUGGCUGUCACCGUCACCGCAGCAACUGACAUCCCUGCUCUCAAACAGACAGGCAACAUCUCGUGGCAGGUUCAUCUGGUCCUGCUGCCCACCAAGAGGCAACGGGCUAAGACCGGCGUGCAGAAGGGCCCAUGUCCGGUGUUCACAGAAACAUUCAAGUUUUCCAGGGUGGAACAGGAGGCCCUGGGGGACUAUGCUGUUCGCUUCCGCUUGUACAGCAUAAGGCGGAUGAAAAAAGAGAAGGUCUUGGGAGAGAAGGUCUUCUACCUGACUAAGCUGAACCUGCAGGGCAAGAUCGCUCUACCUGUCACUCUGGAGCCUGGCUCUGAACUUGCAGGUUGCGGUUCUCUUGUAAGUGUGUCUCGCAGCGCAGGAGCUCUGUCCUACCGCUCUGCUGAAGAGUCCAUGCCAGAGAUCCUCCUGGGUCUCAUCUACAACUCUGCUACAGGACGGCUGUCGGCUGAGGUUAUUCAGGGAAGCCACUUUAAAACCACAGCGUCUGAUAAACCUGUCAAUGGUCUGUUUUGUUGUGUAAAACACUUCGUAGGGGGACAACUUUAUAUCAUGAGAGGUGGCACUCUUCCAGCUGUCCGAAGUGUCCCUGGUGGUGUCGGUGUUCUGCCGCCGGAGCAGCAUGAGGCCCAGGGAGAGGCUGGGCUGGGUCUCCCUGGGCCUCAACAGCACCAGCGAGGAGCAGCAGGUCCACUGGACAGAGAUGAAAGAAGCGGAGGGACAGCAGGUCUGCCACUGGCACACACUCACCGACACAUAGGAGGAGGAUUUUUUUUUUUUAAGACUGACUUUAGAGUAAGAGCAUUCCCAGAACAAUCAGAGAUUUGGGAGAGCAAGACGCACCUUGUAAGAUGUGUGUUGUUUUUGUUGCAUACAGCUGUGAAGAUGGGCACGGGUUCCCAGUCUUCACUGCCAGGCUGCAUGGAAACCCUUUAAUCUGCCACUUUUAUCCGAGGCAGACAGACUUUACUGGUCGAGGUUCCGGUUCCAGCCCAUUUGCGGACAAAAAGAUGCAGUGACAGACUGAAAGUGAAUGGCAUUAUACUGACUGGCUCAAUCAAGGACAGAAUGAAAUGGUUUGUUUUGGAGCUAUUAUGUUCACAGCAAAAUCUGCAUGUACUCUAACUGUUUACAGGACAAAGUUAAUACACUUCCAAAUAUUUUCUGGCUCUGAACCUUGGACCAAAGAGCUGGGUCCAGGACUAGCAGAUUCUUUUCUAUUACUUUUGGGCUUCUCUGGACUUCAGCUGCCACCAGCAUACCAGACAUUUCUCUAUCAGUUGUAGCCACUGACAAAAGUGAAUGCAAUGAGAAGACUGUUACAAAGGGCCUACAAGAUGCUGCAACUCUGCUUACGAGCUAUGCUUUGUACAGUUUGUUUACAUACUCAUGACUUUAUGCAAGACCAGUUCAUUCGUUUCUCCUUUUGUGUUUUUGGAUUACCUGUCACGGUUUACCAGUUUUGUGGGUGUCUCUCUGGGGUAUGUGUUCCACAAAGAUCUUUUAUUUUUACAUCAUGGACUUGCAUAACUUAAUACACUAUGCAUCUGACUCCACUUUAAAUGGGAGGAAUGCAAGUCUUUCUUCUUGUGCUCGCUGAGUCUCUUACAGAAUUGGACACAGCUCUGCAUGCCAUUGGUAUCAAAGAGCAGCUUCCUUUCCUGUGUAAUACAGAUUGGGCCUGUUUCACCACUCAGCCUUCUGACAACUCAACCAUGUUCAUUCAUGUAGAAACACGGUGCUUCCCACUGAGGAAGAAUAUGCAGAAACCUGUGCAGUCCAAUAAACGUGGCUGUCUCUGUGAGGCAGUGCCGAUGAGAAACCUCAGCUAUGUUUGCUGUGAAGUGAGUGUCAAUGGCAAACCGGGAAUGAGAUCUCUUUUUUUCUAAUUUCGAAUGAAGUGUAUUAAUAAAUAAAGGCAACAAUAAAUGAAAAAAAUGUU